AUGGCGGCCGCGGUGGGCAGACUUCUGUCCUUCAGUAAAAAUAUUAAGGUGUUCGUUUCGCCUUUGAGGCUGUCUGCUGUACCUAUUCAUCGCUACAGCGCAGAGGUUUCCAGGACCGGAGAGCCCAUUACUCACACUGGCCAGGUCUUUGAUGAAGAAGAUCCCAGGAGAGCCAGAUUCGUUGGCAAACAGAAAGAGGUGAAUAAGAACUUUGCCAUUGAAUUGGUGGCAGAGGUGCCAGUGACUGAUGUGGAGGCCAGAGUGGUGUCCUGUGAUGGAGGUGGAGGAGCCCUGGGUCAUCCCAAAGUCUACAUCAACCUGGAUAAAGACACAAAAGUUGGCACAUGUGGCUACUGUGGAUUACAGUUCAAGCAGAAGCAUCUUCACUGAAAUGUUUCCUUUGUCUUUGCUUCUCUGUACAAAUUUCCAUAUUGGUUAAUAAAUUAUGUCGUGUCUGA